GCCAACCUGGUGGGAUGCUGGCGGUGAUGAUCUUCAUUUCGGUACGGGUUCUGGUGAACGCAACAUCGCUGCAGCAUCGUUGAUCGUCGGAUAGUUGUUGGGAAGAGCAGUUUUAGUGCCAUGAGUAGAGUGUUUUUGUUGGCCGUGGUGGCCAUUGGCGGGAGUUUGGCCCUGGUUGGUGCCCUGCCGGUGUUGUCCUACGACGACGAUUACGACAGCGUUGAGGACGAUUACGAUGUGGUGUUUGAUCAACGGCAGAACGGCACGGAGAACGUACGGUUAAACUUGGACGGGCUUAUGAUCGCCCUUCCGGGUCCGCCCCAGCAAUCGGAUUUGUCCUCGAUGGCCGGAGCAGCUCUGAUGGAUGUCCUGGCAGCUCACGCGGGUUCCUUCGAGGGAGACAGCUCGGAAGAGGACAGCAACAGCAAGCCCAGCACCACGACUUCAACGACCACGUCGACCACGGUGCCAACACCCAUGUUCCACGAGGCGCUCGUUCCGGUUAACCUGCUUGGCCAAGGACUGUCCUUCCUGUUCAACAAAGGAGUCGAAACGCCGAUCAAAAUUACGCCCGACCUUAAGCCGCUGCGCGCUAAGCCAAGUCUGGUCGUGCUGAAGAAGGACGACGCCGACGAUGACUCGGACGAAGCCGUUGAGCCGCCCGCUCCAGUCAAACAGAAGAAAGUCUCCAAGCACAAGAGAAGAUACAAGCUGAAAGUGGCCCAUCUGCUGAAACCGUUACUUCAGAGGACCUAUGUGGUUUGAGAGGAGCCGUCCGGAUUCCAGAACAACAACCUUGUGAUAGAUUUAACACUCUCUUAGGAUUAAGGUGAAAUAAACGACUUGAUACGUGA